CGAUUACGCCGGGUUGUUGCGUUGGAUGGCGUCCAGUUUGGCGAUCGUGUUCGUGCGGACACCGCUUGGAUAUGCUCACAAGCAGUAAUUUUGUCCGGAAUGCGUUUACCCAACAGCUGUUUCAUUGGUCCCUCUACCGAGGACGGUGGACGUAUCACUUUGGGUCCAGGUCCCGGCCGAUUGGUCCCUCGGUCGGUAAUAGUUUCUCCCGGUCCAAAUGAUGUCAUCUUGGAUCCAGCUGUUGGUGGUUCCCGAGUCUGGGCAGCGUUGUGUACUGACAGAUCAGAUCAGGUCAGGUUUUAG